AACUGACUCACGUAGUAGAUGAACUGCGACAAUUGCAGCAAGAUGGCGUAUCUCAAAGCGAGAGAGAAGUUAGGUUAAGUUAAACGUGUGUGGUUCGUUCUGUCAUUGGAGUUUUUUUUGACACAAUGGAAAGAUAUUCUCGCACUGAUGUCAAUACUCGUGCACAUAAAGACAGAAUAUCGCGGAGGGAUCGCGAUUAUGAGGAACAUCGAACCAGACAAUCAAGAUCCAGGCAUAAACGUUCCGAAAAAUCCAGUGAGAGACACAGAAAGUCGAAAGACGAGGAUUCCCGCAUGCGACGUGACUCGCGGAAGAAAUCUUCGAAGCAUAAAAGUCGAAAGAGAGAAUCGUGCUCAUCUUCUUCGUCUUCCACCUCGACCAACUCGAGCAGAACUAGCGCUGGAUCGUCCACAGACUCAUCCUCAGAUUCUACAAAAUUGCUCGAGAAGCUGCAAAAGCAACGGCAAAAACAGGUCGAGGAGCGUAAGCGGCAGAAGGAAUUGAUGAAGGCGACAGAAACGCCAGAAGAGAAACGUUUACGACGCCUGAAAAAGAAAGAAAUCAAAGAACGCAGACGUAAGGAGAGGAUGGGCUGGGACAACGACUACCUGCAUUAUACAAAUACAGACAAUCCAUUUGGAGAUGGCAAUAUUUUGUCAACAUUUGUGUGGUCCAAGAAAUUAGGUAAGGAAGGUCUGCUUGGAGUGGGUAGAGAGGAGUUGGAGAUGCGUAAUAGGUAUAAACAGGAAGAAACCAAGAGGGAACUGGAAAAAGUAAAGAAGAGGAGGCAGGAGAGAGAGUUGGAGCGACAACAGAGAGAAGAGGAAAUGACUAUGUUACAAAGAGGCAAGGAGGCUGCUCAGCUGGAACAGUGGGCCAGGCAGGAGGAUCAGUUUCAUCUGGAGCAAGCUAGACUGAGAUCUCGCAUCAGAAUUCAGGAUGGUCGUGCAAAGCCUAUAGAUCUUCUCGCAAAGUACAUCAGUGCAGAGGAGGAGGUUGAUGCGGUAGAAAUGCACGAACCUUAUACGUACUUGAGAGGCUUGCAAGUUAAAGACUUGGAGGAUCUUAUAGAGGACAUCAAAGUUUACAAGGAAUUGGAGAGGGGCAAGAAUUUAGACUAUUGGAACGACAUAACAGUGAUUGUGGAGGAUGAACUGCACAAGCUCAGGAAGUUAGAACGUACAGAGUAUGAAGUUGCUGUCGGUAGAAGAGAAGGAAUCCACGAAUCAGUGGCGAAAGACGUCACGGCUAUUUUCAAGGGUAAAACCGCGGCGCAAUUGGAGGCCUUGCAACAACAGAUUCAGGCAAAAAUCACAGGAAAGCCAGAGGGCGUCGAUAUUGGAUAUUGGGAGAGUCUUCUGUCGCAACUGAAAGCCCACAUGGCGAGAGCGCGGUUGAGAGAUCGGCAUCAGGAGAAUCUGCGUAAGAAGCUGGAAGUACUGAUCGCUGAACAAGGUGUGGCUAGAACGGAGAGCGAAGUUGAAAGCAGUUCGCAAGUGCCGAGCGAGCCGUCGGCCAAGCAAGAGAUCGAACCUUCCACGAGUGCCACGGUCGAGAAAAACGAGAACAGCCAGUCCGACGAUGACCGGGAGACCAAUGCCGCCGACGAUCUACUGUCCGAGUCCUUCUGCGAGUACGAAUCGGGCGGCUACUCACCGGCCUACAUACCGUAUUCGCAACUCGAGCCAGGUACGAUUGUCACUCAAGAGGACGACGACAAUCAGCGACUGGAGUACGCGAGGCAACAAGUGCUCAGCACCGGAAGGAAGAUCCAAAACGUGCUGACAGCCGAGGAGCAGGCGAUGCAUAGGGAAGCACGCAAGAAUAUGGGCUCGGACGAGGCGCAGUUCAGCGUCGAGUCGUCAUUGGAGGCGCAAAUCUACCUGUGGUCUGACAAGUACAGACCGCGUAAACCGCGUUACUUUAACAGAGUGCACACCGGCUUCGAAUGGAACAAAUACAAUCAGACGCACUACGACAUGGACAACCCACCGCCGAAGAUUGUGCAGGGUUAUAAGUUCAACAUCUUCUAUCCAGAUCUCAUAGACAAGAACACUACUCCGGAAUACUUUCUCCGCUCCUUCUGCGAGGAGCCGGAACGGCCGAAGACGGCGAAUCUAGAGAAACCAAGCGUGCUAAAUCCCGAGCUAGUGGACAAGCUCGACAUGUCGUUGCUUAGCAAGGAGCUGCUGUGCGACUCGAUGACGCGUUACCGUCAGACCAGAUCGCUGGCGGCGAUCAGUGGAGGCAAGACUGCAGCAGCCACGUCGUCGUGUUCGUCGUCGUCGUCAUCGUCGUUGUUGUUACCGUCGCCGUCGUCGACGCGACGACGCCAGAGCGCCGUCGUCACCGGCGACGUGCAACCACGACGCACCACCACUUGGCCCCGCGACAAGGCUCCAGUGCGUCAUCAGCGACGGAGCUUCGAGCAGAUAUACGAACCGCGGAUCUGCCAGAUGGAGAUCGGCCCGCGAUCGCCUACCGAAAGUCGGAAGACUUCCCAGGAGCAUGCACCCGUCAAACGAAACUCUGACGUUAGGAGACUCGACGAUAACAACAACAGAAACGGUCCUCCCAAAGUGCUGUCUACGGUGAAGAAGAGAAAUUCGAGGACAGGUAUACCCAGCGAUCUGGAGAUCUUCACGGCCGUUCCUUCGACGAAAAGUGCUCCAGAACCCUGCAAGACUUGUGGACGGCCAGAUCAGCCAGAGAGGUUCCACAGCCAUCCGAAGGGUAGUCAAGUCAAGAUCAAAGACAUCCCAGCAACAGCGACUACGACGAAGCCGAUAAAGAACGUGCCAGUGCCGAAGUCCAUCCAGAAACCUGUGGCGUUGAAUUUCCGCAGCGACAAGAAUAAGAAUCGACCGGAAGAGAUCGAGCCGUGCGAGAUGAAUUCGGCCAGGCCGUCGACCACGACGAAACGGGGCCCGAGAACUGUCACGUGUUACGUCUGCGGUCGGGAAUUCGGCACGGCUAGCUUCCCCAUACACGAGCCCAAGUGCAUGGAGAAAUGGGAGCGUGAGAACAAUACAUUACCUCUCUCCCAAAGACGGCCCAAACCGCAAAGACCCACAGUCGGGAUCGACCACACCGACUGGAACGCAGCCGCAUGGGAACAGAGUCAGGAGCAACUGGUGCCGUGCGCGAAGUGCGGGAGGACAUUUCUGCCGGAACGAUUGCCGAUCCACGAGAGAAGCUGCAAGGCAACUCCGAAGAGUAAUGACUCAAGGUUCGAGAGAUUGCUCACGACGACAGACAGACAAACGUCGGCGAACGCGCGCUCCGUCGGCCCGCCCACAGUUCCUUGUAAGGUGUGCGGUCGAAAUUUCGGCACCAGAAGCAUCAAGAUCCACGAGCCUCAAUGCAACAGACGAUGGCAGGCGCAGAACAACUCGACUUCGCACAGGGAUAAGCCGAGUCACCAUAAUCUUCAGUGGUCAGCCACCAGUGAUCAAGAAAGUCCACCUGCGACAUAUUCGGACUUGUCGCAAAAGAAGACCGUCACAUGUUACAUAUGCGGCAGAGACUUCGGCACGUCUAGUAUCGCCAUUCACGAGCCGCAAUGCUUGAAGAAGUGGCACGCCGAGAAUGACAAAUUAUCGCCGGCACGAAGACGAAAGGAACCGCAGAAACCUGAGGUCAUAUAUAUACAGGAUCCGCACACGGGAAGUAUGGUGGUCGAUCAAGCAGCGACAGAGGAAGCCAAUUGGAUGACGCACCUGAGCCAGCUGGUGCCAUGCAAGCGUUGCGGGAGGACCUUUAAUCCCGAUCGCGUGGACAUCCAUGAGAAAAAUUGUAAAGGAAACCGCUAAGAAUGAGAAAUUGAUACAGUUUCGCGAUUUUACCGAGUUCAAAUGCGGAUUCGCGUGUAACGUCCUGGAUCGGCGUGUCGGUUGCAACGCUUGACUAAAAACUGUUCAUUACACCAACUUACCUCUUGCUUCAGGAUGACUCACGUCAAACUUCGAUUAGUCUGGUCGACUGGUUUUUCAGUCUAUAUCAGUCACAAGCAUUACCUGUUCUUCGUUAAAAAAAAAAACUGAAAUUAUUAACUUCCCGAUUAUUAUUGGACGACCAAUUACGUGACUGAAAAUUGGCAGAUUAGACUCGCUUAACUCAAUUGGAGUUUGAUGAAAAUCCUACUUAAUGUCUUAGAAGCUGGUCUGGAAUCCAAUAUAAACUUGAUUACAGGAAACUACUAAAAAUAUCACGAUAAUCAAAUAUUUUAGAAGCGAUUAAUAUCUGUGUUCUUAUGGAGACUGUAAACUGAUUCACAACUUUGCAACAGCCCAUACUAAUAUUCACACUCAUGAUUUGAUUCAGGCUAAAGCUCGUCGAUCGAUUGCCUAUUUUAUAUACAAGUUCGAAUUAACUUGAAACGGUUUCCUAGGCUUGAGAUCGAGAUACCACGCUUGAACUAUUGAAAGUUAAUCUAAAUAAGCGACUUUCUAAGGACCAAUUUUUCCAACCUCUUAAUAAACCAAUUAUCAGUUAAA